AUGGCAGCUUUCUCUCAUCAUUCUCAAUAUACCCAUUCGACGCGCGAUCAUUUUAGAGAACCUCUGUCGAUUUGGAGAAGGUUAUUAUUGGUUUUGCCGACGGAUCUGGCCGUGUCUUUGCAGAGGAUGGCAGACCAACAGAAUUUCAAUGUGGUUGGGGGGAAGACAUCGAGAAUACCGAGGUUAGUGAGGGGAUGGGUGAGAGAUUGGAGUUGGAGACGAGCUCUUAGCUUACCGCACUUGUUGGUGUGUGUUUGGGUGGUCGUUUUGUUAUCUGGAGAGCGUUGGGUUUUCGAGGAAGCUGUGCGAGCUUGUGCGUGGGAGGAAUGGGAGAGAUGGCCUCCAAAUUCUACGCCCCAUCACUUGAUCUUUCUGGCAGAUCCUCAGUUGACGGAUCCGCAUUCAUACCCUGAUAGGCCAUGGCCGUUGUCGACUUUCACCGUCUUAUAUACAACUUUCGAAACAAUUACACCCGGAUACUAUAUUUUUCUUGGGGAUUUAUUUGACGGAGGGAGAGAAUGGAAGACCGCGCAUGGAAAUUCAGAAGAUCAAGCAUGGGCAAAAGGAAGACGACCAGCAAAAGAACAAAAACAUUUGGAGAGUUGGGGGAAACGAUACGGAGAGGAUUUUUGGCUGAAUGAAUACGGUCGGUUCUCCAGGAUCUUCUCGGACAAUUGGAAUUUAGGAGGAACAGAAGCUGGAGUUGGACAGAGAGGACGAAAGCUCAUUGCAAGUUUACCUGGAAAUCACGAUUUGGGCUUCGGCGCACAAAUUAAGGUUCCCAUCCGUGAUCGAUUUGAGGUUUACUUUGGAGAUGUAAACAGGGUGGAUGUUAUUGCGAAUCAUACCUUUGUUUCCGUGGAUUCGGUAUCGUUGAGUGCUGGAGCAUCAGAACGUCCAGUUAGUGAAACUGCGCCUAUCACCAAACCAGUCGAGGAAUUUCUGAACAAUGUUCAAGUCUCCAAACGAAAAGCCGUGGCUAGAGAGUUGGACUUUCAGGCGGGAAAGGAAAGAGCUAUACAAUAUUCUCAUUCAGUUCAAGAUGUUGAACUAGCAGAUUAUGCACACUUACCAACUCUUGAUCCUGGACCAAAUGGUGCUGACUUUCCUACUAUUCUUCUUACCCAUGUACCGCUCUAUCGAAAUCCUGGAACUCCAUGCGGUCUCCUCCGAGAACAUUGGCCACCAACUCCGCCACCAAAGGGGCAGACCAUGCCAGUCAUACCCGAUCAUAGAAAUGCCAUUAGUGUAUCCAAAGGAUACCAAUACCAAAAUGUCCUCGGCGAUGACGACUCCAAAAAACUAAUUUCAAAGAUUGGCAAUGUAGUUUCUGUGUUCUCAGGCGACGAUCACGAUUAUUGCGAAUUAGUACAUCCAGAAGACAAAAAUCACGCCCGAGAAAUAACAGUCAAAAGUAUGAAUUGGGCAAUGGGAAUUCGAAAACCUGGCUUUCUCAUGCUAAGUAUGUGGAAUCCAGUUGGCGCGGAUGGAAAACCUUUACAUGCGAUUCCUACGGGUCAUGGGGCUGAAAACACGCAUACUUCCACGACAAUGGAAUCGCAUCUUUGCUUAUUACCGGAUCAAAUUGGCAUUCUUAUAAAUUAUGGAAUUUUGGUGGGGAUCUCACUUCUUCUCCUGAUUAUCCGAGCGAUUCUCGUGCCUCUUACGAAUCUUACCCCUUUCGCCCUUGAAUCAAAAGGAUCUCCGGGCUCGGGUAGUCCAAUUGAUUCGGAGUUCUCGCUGUUGCCAACUAGUAUCAAAGAUCUCAAACGCGAAGACGAAGAGGAGAAAGAUCGGAGGAGUGAAGGAAAUUCAUCAACUUCGAGCACGGCUACGGUUAAUACUCUCGCAACUCGUACUUCUAGAACGAGAACCUCGAGUCCGGCGAAUGGCUAUGGAUUACCGGGACAGGGAUAUUCGAAUGGAGUUCCGUAUCAACAGGCUCAGCCGUUGAUUGAGAAGGCGGGUUAUUAUGGGGGGUUGGAGGGAAGAAUGAGGUGGGAAAGUGAGAGGGAAUUUGAAAUGGAGAUGGAAAGGGAGAGGAAGAGAAAAGUGGAGAUGGAGAGGAGGAGGAAUUAUAAACCUUGGAGGAUAGUGGUCUGGUGGGGAGGAUUUAGAACCACGAAAAUGGGGAGAGUACUGAGGGAGAUGGGGUGUAGUGUUUGGAGAGUUCUGUGGGUGGUUGGCGCAGUGUUUAUGUGGUUUACUUGGUUUGGUUAA